UCGUGGCCUUUUGGGCGCUUUUUUGUUUCCGAGGAAGCACAGAAACCAAUUUCAAGAGGGAUCAUGAAAGGGGAAGUUCUAAGCGCCUACAGAGCGUUGCUCAGGGCAACCAAGAAAUCCUUCGCCGGCGACACAUUGAUGCUCACCGAGUCAGCCUCCGAGGUCCGCCGGAAGUUCGAGGAGAGCCGCCAUGUGACCUCCGAGGCCGAGAUUCGCAAACUGCUCGAAGAAGCUCGGGAGGCCUCCCAUUUCAUCUCCAAUAUGAUCGUUCAGGCCAAGCUCACUUCUCGCGGCGGCUAUGAAAUGAAGCCGAGUAAAGAUCAUGCUGGUGCAACACUAGAAGUUCCUUCUGAAGAGCUUCUGCGCAAAUCUACGUGAGGAGGUGAGGCGAUGGUUGCUGAGUUUCUCUUCGACAAUUGUUCUAACUUCCAGCUAUUUAUUGGCUUGACUAAUCAUUUGCUCUUGCCCCCGGAAGGACUUGGAACAUUUUUCUGUUUCCUUUUGUUGGUUCAUUUUAUUUGUGCUCGGUUAAAUCUACUUGAUUGCUAUGAUUCUUGCGUUGGACUCCAAAGUUAAUAUUUUGGCUUAAAACUCUUUUAAGUGAAUGAAAUUUUCCAGAAUGAAUUGUAUCAAGAA